AUGUCGGGACAAGCUUCAACUUCUACAGACCCCCCUUCCGCAACAGUACAACCCGGAAGAGGAAAAGUCAAACUCCCAGACAACUACACAGGCAACCGCAUCGAAUCCCAGAAAUUCAUGCUCCAAUGCCUUCUUCUUUUCGCAGCAGAAUCCGAUCAGUACAAGACCGAUCAAGACAAGAUAUCCCUGGUGCUCUCAUACAUGAGAUAUGGCAUGGCAGGAGCUUGGGCCAAGAACUUCCUCCUCAAAUCAGUAGGAGCGGACCCUCCCACCGAUCUAGGAACUUGGAGGGACUUUUUAACAAAGUUCAAACUCCAAUUCAGGGAGACAGGCAAGACCAACAAAGCGCGAAGCGCACUCAUGGCCUUCUCCCAAGGACGAAUGAUGGUUGAUGAAUACUCCAACCAAUUCAUUCUCAUCGCCGCCGAUGCCGACAUCUCCGACAAGGAACAAGUCCCUUACUUCCAACGCAGGUUAGACCCGCGCGUCAUGGACAAGAUAUAUGACAAAGAAGUACAGCCAAAGGACACCAUUCAGGAUUGGAUUAAUACAGCCUGCGAAAUAGACGGACGACUCAGAGCUAGAUCUGCUCAAAAAGCCAUCCUCGCCAACUCCACCUCCUUUCGCAGCGAUUACUUGAAUCGCUUCCACACUCAACCAGCCGUCCGCUACAACUCCACCACCGCUCCUCGAAGAAUGAACAACCAGGUGGUUGACAUGGACAUCGACGCUACCAGGAAGCAGGCGUUCAACCAGUUCGAGGAAACUCGAAGAGACGCUUGGGUACGACAGGGAGAAGAAACCGCGCAGCUGAUUUGGAAGAAGAAGAUGACGCACCCGCUAUGGGAAACCAAGCGGGAAUUUAUCGAAGAAUGGAGACAGAGAAUGUUCAUUGCAACGACCAGCGGGUACCACAACCUGGUCCUUCGAUGGAACGUCCUCACUCUGCCCCAUCCGGACGACCCCAAAACGACCAUGGGCGACGCACUAUGUUACCUAACGGACGACGGGGAGAUGGAAGCAUUAGUCAUUCUGCUCGAAUCGGAGCAGUGCUAG